CGCGAGAGCUGAGCGAUGGCGGCGGCAGUUGGAGCGUCCCGUAAGAAAGACGGAGGCCCGAACAUCAGAUUUCUGGAGGCUUCGGAAACCGUCGCGCAGUUCGACGGCCUGAGGUUGUGGCUGGGCAAAAACUACAAGAAAUUUGUACAGGCAGAUUCACCUUCAAACAAAACACUGGCUGGUCUUGUGGUGCAGUUGCUUCAGUUUCAGGAAGAUGCAUUUGGCAAGCAUGUUAAUAAUCCUGCAUUAACUAAACUUCCAGCAAAAUGCUUCCUUGAUUUCAAAGCUGCAGGACCCUUGGGUCAUAUCCUUGGUGCUGCUUACAAAUUCAAGACUGAACAGGGAUGGAGAAGAUUUGACUUGCAAAAUCCUUCCAGAAUGGAUCGUAAUGUAGAAAUGUUUAUGACGAUAGAAAAGACACUGGUGCAGAAUAACUGUUUAACAAGACCUACAAUCUACCUCCCAUCUGAACUUGACCCAAAGCUGGCAAAUAAAUGUAAAGAUAUUGUUAAAAGGCAUCAGGGAACAAUUACAGAAGAUAAGUCAAAAGCCUCCCAUAUAAUUUAUCCUAUUCCGAACUCUCUCGAUGAAGAGGAGUGGUUGAGACCUGUUAUGAAGCGAGAAAAGCAAGUCCUGGUCCAUUGGGGAAUGUUUCCAGAUAGCUAUGAUACCUGGAUGCCGGCCAAUGAAAUUGAAGCUGAAAUUGAAGAACCACCAAUCCCAGAAAGGCCAUGGAAAGUGCAUGCUAAAUGGAUCUUGGACACUGAUGUAUUCAAUGAGUGGAUGAAUGAAGAGGACUAUGAAGUUGAUGACAACAGAAAGCCUGUAAGCUACCGACAGCGCAUUCCUAUCAGGACAGUAGCUGAAGAGGACUCCCGUACACCAGAUAGGAAGGACAGAAAGUCAACAACUGGUGCCAAGAAGAGAAAGCAUUCCCGUUCCCCUUCACCAAUAUCGACACCUGCUGAGUCAAGAAAGAAAAGUGGAAAGAAAGGUCAGCCGACACCAUACUUGAAGAGGAGGGGGCAGAAAGAUGAAGAGGAGCAGGAAGACCUGACCAAAGACAUGGAGGAUCCCACUCCUGUACCAAAUGUAGAAGAAGUUAUUUUACCUAAAAAUGUGAAUCCCAAGAAGGACAGUGAGCACACACCUGUGAAGGGAGGCACAAUUGCAGAUCUAGACGAGCAAGAGGAUGAACCGUUGUCUGCAGGAGGGAAGGAAGAAGAGGAUAGUUCCAAUGCCAAAGGUGAUCAUAUACGUCCUGUGGACCAAGCCGAAGAUAAUGUCACUGAACAGACACAUCACAUCAUUAUCCCGAGCUAUUCAGCAUGGUUUGACUAUAACAGUAUCCAUGAGAUUGAACGUCGUGCCUUGCCAGAAUUCUUCAAUGGGAAAAAUAAGUCGAAAAGUCCAGAAAUUUAUCUGGCAUACCGAAACUUUAUGAUCGAUACCUAUCGGUUAAAUCCUCAGGAGUACCUGACCAGUACAUCAUGUCGCAGAAAUUUAACUGGUGAUGUUUGUGCUGUCAUGAGAGUUCAUGCAUUCCUUGAACAAUGGGGCCUUGUGAAUUAUCAGGUGGAUGCCGACAGUCGACCUCUACCCAUGGGUCCUCCCCCUACCCCUCACUUCAAUGUUCUUGCUGAUACCCCCUCUGGCUUGGUCCCCGUUCAUCUCAGGACUCCGCAAAUUCCUGCCUCUCAGCAGAUGUUGAACUUUCCAGAAAAACCAAAGGACAAACCCGCUGACCUGCAGAAUUUUGGCCUGCGCACUGACAUGUAUACCAAGAAGGGCACCUUCGCAAAACAAAGUAAGGCCAGUGCAGCCAGGGAUUGGACAGACCAGGAAACUCUACUGCUGUUGGAGGCUCUGGAAAUGUACAAAGAUGACUGGAAUAAAGUAUCUGAGCAUGUUGGCAGCCGUACACAAGACGAGUGUAUUUUGAAUUUCUUGCGACUGCCCAUUGAAGAUCCUUACUUGGAAGACACCGACUCCUCCCUUGGUCCUCUGGCCUUCCAACCUGUUCCUUUCAGCCAGUCUGGGAAUCCUGUCAUGAGCACAGUGGCAUUCCUGGCCUCCGUUGUGGAUCCUCGAGUAGCUGCAGCAGCUGCCAAGGCUGCUUUAGAGGAAUUUUCUCAUGUAAGAGAAGAGGUGCCAGUUGAACUGGUGGAGGCUCAUGUGAAGAAAGUGCAAGAGAUGGCUCGCUCUUCUGGGAAAGUGGAUCCUUCCUAUGGCCUGGAAAACAGUGGCAUUGCAGGCACUGCCCCUGAGGAACCAGAGAAGAGUGGGGAUGUUGAAGAGGAAAAGAUGGAAACUCAGGAACCUGAAGGGCAAGAGCCAGAAAAACAGGUUGAAAAAGAGGAGGCUGAAGCAACUUCUGAAAGUACAGAGAAGAUGCAAAUCCCAUCUCCUAAGGAGCUGGCAUCGGAGAAAACUAUAGAAAGUGAAGCUGCCAGUACUGACAUUAAGCCAAUUGUAGCAGAUGAAAAAGACAAAGAGGAGAACAAGGAAAAUAUUGAUGUCACUGCCAAAGACAAAGAAUUGGAUGUUGGGAAGAAGAAAUUAGAGCAGCACAUUGGUGAAGGGAACAUAGUCACUGCUGCUGCAGCAGCUCUGGCUUCAGCUGCUACGAAGGCAAAGCACCUUGCAGCAGUGGAGGAGAGGAAGAUCAAGUCACUUGUUGCUCUUCUGGUUGAAACCCAAAUGAAGAAGCUGGAAAUAAAACUGCGUCACUUUGAAGAAUUGGAAACCAUUAUGGAUCGAGAGAGAGAAGCACUGGAACAGCAGCGACAACAACUGCUCACAGAACGACAGGCCUUCCACAUGGAACAGUUGAAAUAUGCUGAAAUGAGAGCCAGGCAGCAGCUGGAGCAGCAGCAUCACCAGCAACAGCAGCAUUCACAAAAUGCUGCUGCUGCCGCCGCCGCCACCACUACCACCACUACUAGUAUUCAGCAGCUGAGCUCUAUGGGCAUGAUGCAACAAGGUCCAACGCCGCCACCACCUUAUCCAAUGAUGCACCAUCAGAUGCAGCAGCAGCUCGGUCAGAUGUCAGGAGCUGGGACAAUGAUGACUGGGCAGCCCAUGGCAAGCCGUAUGAUACCGAAUCUUCCUCCAAAUAUUCCAUCAGGAGCACCUCCCCAUCCGACACCAACCAUUGUAUCAGCAGCAGCACAUGGUAACAUGUUGGGCCCACGACCAGCAGCUGCCACCAAUGGCAUGUAUUCAGGCCCAGCUGUACAGCCAGAUGGUGUCGUGGUGCCCACAACAACAGCACAAGCAUCUGCAGUACCAUAACCAGUGUGAAUGGAUUAUUAGCACAUGAUACUGUCCGUAGGAGACUUAAACAGUGAAACCAAGAAACCAUCUCCUACUAGUCUCUGUCCAGCUACCUCCCUUUUUGAAGACACUGAAUUCAAAUGCUUGCCUUCCCAUUUUACUUUUGCUCCCUACUUUUUAUUGCAGUAAAAAUUUCUUUUUGGAAAAGAAAAUCUUUGGCAAAAAAAAAAUAAAAUACAUUGUAGUUACUUUUUCCAGAAACAAAUUCAGGUUACUUGUCUACCUCCCUGUCUGUGUGGAUUUCAUACAACUGGUUUAUUCUACCCUACCUCCUUGUGGCUUUUGUAUUAGACUUGUUUGUCACUGCAGUUCAUUCAUGAUUAGAAAUGGUGUACCUUUUAUUAGGCAGUCUUGUAAAUCUGCUUUAGUAGCAGAACUUUCAGCUGGUAAGCACAUAUAUGUAUAGAUUAUUGACCAAAGGCAGCAUUGUUGGAAGAAAAUCUUUCUGCCUGUCAAUGUUAGUCAGGUUUAAUCAAAUAAUUUAGUUUCUUGUAGGAAGAUUCUCUUCAUUCCUCCCUCUCUCAAACUUGAAAGUAUUAACUGGUCCUCAGGUACUGUACACAAUGGAUCAUGCUUUAUAUAAUUCUUAAGAUCAAAGAUAAAUCUAUUUCUUCAGUCUAACUUGCAAAACUAAUUCAUAAAUAAUUGGCUAAACCAAAAUGCAUUCCUUUCCUUUGCUGAAUUUUGGUUUGUAGCAGAGCUGUGGUUUACAGACAAAGCACACAAUACAUUGAUUUCAGAUUGCACAGAACUGUUAUGUUUGGAGUCCUUGCUUUCAGCUCUGGGCUGCAGUUGUCCUUUAGCAGUAAGGUGUUUGAAGGUCACUCCUACAGAAUUGCCAUAUAAGAGCUAAUUGUGAUUGACUCACUUUAAAAAGAAAAGUACCUGUUUCAUGCAAAUCCCAGAGAAUUCUGAUUCAUUGACAUGGAGUACCAGAUUUGGAAGGGCCCACAGCGAGAAAAGUGGAAUAGUCCAGACGGGUGUCACUUGUAUUUCAGUGAUUUGAUUUUGUUAGUUUAUUGUUGCAGUAUGUCACAUUGCAGAGGUCUUUAAACUAUGCUCGAGGGCCAGGCAACUCCAACCUAUCUGAACUGCAGUUACCAAAUUGAUAGUUGCUUGGACGUGGUGAUUGGGACCAGCUUUUCUAAAUAGCCUCAAUGAGACAAAUAUCUUGUAUCCUUCUGAUAAAUAUGAACUAAUUAGCCAGUGAAUGAGCUGAGACAGGUAUCGAGGAAAGAAAGGUGAUUGGAGAUGCAUGUUUAAUUGCUACAGGGAGUUCAAAAAUAUAAAUAUAAGUCGUUCUGCUGUAAUGUGUGUUUUGUUAAUGCAAAUUUACUAACGCAAUUGACAGAUUGGGGACACUUUCUGAAGUGUGAACUUUUAAAACGUGUUGGCUACAACAUAAUUACAUCACCAACACUUUAAGUGCUAUUUCUAAAAUGCAAUUUUUCUAUAAUGUGAGGUUGCACAAGAACACAACCAUUACGUUAUGGAAGAUCUCUGUUUUUAAUUGAGAAUAACAUUGAAUAGUAUUUAAUUGGUCAAUAUGCUAUGAAUUUCAAUAGAACAUGAUAGAUGUCCAACUCAGCAACUGUGAAUGGAAAAAGAGUUAAUGAUUUAGCUCUGUAACCAGCAUCAGAACAAAGAAGUGGUUCUAGCAUUUCUCUGUUUGGGUUCAGAUUUCCCUUGUCUGCAAUGUUUUGUUUUCCUACAGUAUAUUCUCAGUUAGUCAGCAAGUAAAAUUAUGCUUUGCAGACGUCUAAUGAAACCACUGAGAGAUCUUUAUGUAACUCAGGAUAUUUAUAGCAUGCUAUUAGUUCGUAUGCAAAUGUUCAAGCACUACAUUGGAAAAGCUAACUUAAGCCUCAGAAAUUCUUGCUCCUAUUUUUCCUCCUUAUUCCUGAAUGGCUUUGGUCGCAGUUGUUGCUUCAGCAAAUAUCAGAGUUACCAGUAAAGAAAUCAUUUCUCUUUCUUAGGCGUUUAGUAUUUUCUCUUUACCUUAUGGGAAGUGUACUUUUUUUUGGUAUAUAGAGGACAGUUAGCUAGAGUGGAUCAUUUAUUUUUGCUUCAAGAGUUCAUGUGGAAGGAGAUGUGGAUUCAAUUCUCGUACUGAUUUGGACUUCAACCACGCUUUUCCAAAUCAGCAAUGCGAUGAUACCUUUUGAGGGAAGGGCCAUUUCAUUUUUAAUUGAAAAUUACCUUUUUAACAUUUGCUGUUAAGACUUGCAAUGUUAUUUAAAUUGAAAGAGCAGCCAUGUCUCUGAUGCAGUCAUUCUAAUUCAUCCAAUGAUGACUGAAGUGUAAAGAUAUGUCUGAAAGUGACAUCUGUGUGGAUACAUGUGGCCACUACAUGUCUUCAAGCUUUUUUAUGUUCUAUUCCUCCUUCUUCUUCUUCUUCUUACUUUAAAAAGCACUUUUGUAAUUACAUAACUUUGCAUUAAUUAUUAUAUUAAUAACGUUAUAUUUUACAUAAGUUGGUUAUUUUUAGUUACAAGAGUAUGUGGUUUGUGUGUAUAAAGAUGCAACGUAAAAUCUAAGAUUUGUUUUUGCAAUGGUACUGGAUAAUGGUGGCUUUUGAAACAAUUUUAUUCUUUUGAUUCUCUUUCUCAGCCCUGCCCAAGGCUCCUUUCACCGACAGGAUGACAGUCUGUCCGGGCUGCGGCUGUUGGACAAAUACAGUUGGGAGUCCAACAUUUUUUGUUUGACAUAUGUCUGGAUGUGUGUCUGAAUCUGCUUUCUACCGAUCCAUAAUACCAUUUUAAUGAUUCUUUAGAACAUUUCUACUGAUCUUUCCUUUAAAUCACUCUUUUCAUUCCCUCUCCCAAUGUUUUGUGGCUUGGUCGGGUACUGCUUGGGGUCCACUGUAAUAUCAGUAAAAAUUAAACCAAAAAACUCUGUGACUUUAAGUUAGAAUUUUUAUGUAUAUCUGGGUUAUUUCCUUUCAAAUUUGAAAUGCAUUGAUAAGGGGGAUAUAGACGCUUGGAAAAUGAACCAUCGAUGCCUUUGUACUUGUGAUCAAGUGCUAAACUUAAAAAUUAAAAAGCAAUAGCUGGUUAAGGUAGUUCAUGUCCUCUUGAUAUUUAUUAAAUUCAUUGUUAUUUGGAUUUCAAUAA